AUGGCCACCGCGCGGGUCACGCUGCCCGAACCCAGACGGGCAUCGGGGGCACGGGGGAGUGGCGGGACCCUCCUGGGAGUUGGCAUCUGGGUCACAGUGGAUGAACAGUCAUUCCUGGAUAUAUUUGGGAUGCUCUCGUCUAGCGUGUUUCAGGUUGUGUAUGUGAGCUACUUCCUCAUCGCCAUUGGUGCUGUCCUGCUGGUGAUCGGCUUCCUUGGGUGCUACGGCGCCCAAAAGGACAGCAAGUGUCUCCUGAUGAUGUUCUUCUCGGUGGUGCUGAUCAUCUUCAUUGCCGAAAUUGCUGCUGCCGUGGUGGUUCUGGUCUACACAGGUUUUGCGGAGACGCUGCUGACAGCCGUGGUGACCCCUGUGCUGAAGGAGAAGUAUGGGGAGGAUGACGGUUUCACGCACAUCUGGAAUGUCACCAUGAAGGAGGUCCAUUGCUGUGGCCUGAAUAACUACACAGACUUCACCGACUCCCCCUGGUACCAGCAACAUGGAACCUACCCGUUGCCCUGCUGCGACGACGAGCUGCCCUGCACCGGCGCGCUGGCCGCAGAAAAAAAUGUGACGGGCUGUUUCGAUCAGAUCUUGGCAGAAAUCAAGACUAACACAGGUGUGGUGGGUGGCGUGGCGGCCGGCAUCGCUGCCUUGGAGAUCGCGGCCAUGGCGGUUUCCAUGUACCUGUACUGCCAGCUGGAUCAGAAAUGA